AUGAACCUCGGGAACGAUCGGAAGCGCAAGUUCGAAGACGAUGGGACGGAGGAAGAUGCUACCCUCGUGCUAACGACGUUGGAACAGAGAUGGGCUCGACAGCUGCGGGUGGCAGCCAGGGAGAGUCAAGACGUCCUCAAGGUUUCGGAUUGGGAGAUUGCCAGGCAGGCUGUGGUAUCCUUGGGUGACGGUGCGGAAGAAACGCUUGGCAGUAUUCGCCAGAUGCACUCUUUUCAGAAUCAGCAUGACAUCCAAGGUACCCUGGAGGAGGGCAUGGCCGUUCUUGGCAAGUUUCACGAGAGGUUUCCCGAUGUUCUUCUCAAUAUCGACCUCUGUGGCAACAGCAAGGAUGGCGCUCGCUACUUUGCUGUCAUUGACUUGGCCGCCUUGAUUCAAUGUGUGACAGCUUGUCAAGAAGAUGACCAAGAAGACGACUGGAAGAUGUUGUUGGCAACGAUCUACUACAUGAGCCAAUGUAUGUGCCCUCAAAUGGAAGGAUUGCGCAGUGGAUGCACGCUGAUCAUGGAAUGUGGUGGUGUCGACUGGAAGAACGCCGAAUGCUUGACCCAUUUGUGGCUCGAGUUGUCAUUGGGAGCUUUCCCCGUUUGCUGUCAAGAUGUGUGGUUCUACAAUGCUACUCCCGAAGGUGCCAAUUCCCUGACCUUGCUGGGUAUCCGAAGCUUCAGUCAAGAGCUCAUGCAACGCAUGUACAUUGGCUGCCAGAUGGAAGUGAAUGGACAACAAGUGAGCCUGAGAAACAUGUUCUCGCCAACAAGACGGCAAGACGAGUCCGAUAGCGACAAUGAUGUUACACAGCAGGGGUCGCUGAUGCAAACUGUGGAGGGACUGUUGGAGCUUUGUUUUCGAAACGAGGGGGGCUUCAGCUUGCACUAG